CGUCACGGCCCAGCACUACGGAAGAAUCUUGAAGACAGAUUUAGAUAAAUGCAGCGAACUUUAGGCGGAUUUUCACGCUAUAAAUGUGCGUGACAGUGCAAGAGGCCUCGGAGCAGAUAUGUAGAGAGUGUAUCGGCUGUAUUUGCGGGAUUUAACAGAAGAAAAGUUCUGUUAAACCACGACUAGAAUGGCCAAUGCCAAUUUACAGAAAGCUAUUGACUUGGCCACCAGGGCCGCAGAGGAAGACAAAGCCAAAAACUAUGAGGAAGCUCUUCGCUUGUACCAGCAUUCAGUUCAGUACUUUCUACAUGUGGUGAAGUAUGAGGCUCAGGGUGACAAGUCCAAGCAGAGCAUCCGGGCAAAGUGUGCAGAUUAUCUAGACAGAGCUGAGCAGCUGAAGGAGUACCUCAAAAAGAAAGAGAAAGCAGGACCUGCCAAGCCUGUGAAGGUGUCUGAUGAUAAAGGGAAUGACAGUGAUGAUGGCGACAAGUCAGAGAAAAAGAAAUUACAGAAUCAGCUUCAAGGUGCCAUUGUCAUGGAGAAGCCAGAUGUUAAGUGGAAUGAUGUUGCUGGCUUGGAAGGAGCUAAAGAGGCCCUGAAAGAGGCUGUGAUCCUACCAAUUAAAUUCCCUCAUCUUUUCACAGGAAAACGAACUCCAUGGAGGGGGAUCUUGCUUUUUGGUCCUCCAGGCACUGGGAAGUCCUACCUGGCCAAAGCAGUGGCCACUGAGGCCAAUAACUCCACUUUCUUCUCCAUCUCCUCCUCUGACCUGGUGUCCAAGUGGCUGGGCGAGAGUGAGAAGUUGGUUAAGAACCUCUUUAGCAUGGCACGGCAGCACAAGCCCUCCAUCAUCUUCAUCGAUGAGAUCGACUCUCUGUGUGGCUCCAGGAGUGAUAAUGAGAGCGAAGCGGCUCGCAGGAUCAAGACUGAGUUCCUGGUUCAGAUGCAAGGUGUGGGAAACGAUAAUGAGGGAAUUUUGGUGCUUGGAGCAACUAAUAUACCUUGGACUCUGGAUUCUGCAAUCAGGAGAAGGUUUGAGAAGCGUAUCUACAUCCCACUUCCCGAGGAACAUGCUCGAUCCUUCAUGUUCAAACUCCACCUCGGCACCACCCCCAAUAACCUCACUGAUCAAGACUUCAUCACCCUCGGGCAGAAGACCGAGGGCUACUCGGGCGCGGACGUCAGCAUCAUCGUCAGGGACGCCCUCAUGCAGCCCAUACGCAAAGUCCAGUCAUCCACCCACUUCAAAAAGGUCCAAGGAAAGACAUGGAACAACCCUGAUGUAAUUGUGGAUGACCUAUUCACCCCAUGCUCUCCAGGUGACCCUAACGCAAUAGAGAUGACCUGGGUGGACGUUCCAGGUGAUAAACUGCUGGAGCCCAUCGUUAGCAUGGCGGACAUGCUCAGGUCACUGGACAAGACCAAGCCCACUGUGAAUGAGGAAGACCUGGAGAAGCUGAAGAAGUUUACAGAGGACUUUGGCCAGGAGGGCUAACUACACCAUCAUCCUAAAAUAUAAAAACUCUUCUUUUAUUCUUUUUUUCCCAGCAUAAUUCUAACUCAGAACAGUGAGAUGUAUUGCGAAUACAUUUGUGAUUACCUCAUUAUGGCAUCUAGGCCCUCUUGAGAUCCUCGAGAUUGAGAGAUUGUGUUGAAAUAGCUUUGGUGUUGGGUGUUUUGAUGAACUGAUAUAUGUAUUUAUUGAAUAUGGUUAUAAUAUGUAGAGACCGGACGAUACCCCUUUUACUUUUCCGAUACCAGUGCUGAUACUGGAACCUUGAGUAGUGACAAAUACAGAUAUCCAGAAGUCUUUCAAAGCUAUGAAGAGGUCAUGAGGUCAUGCUCCAAGUGCUGAAACACUGUCCUUCCCCAUAGUUCAUAACUUGACAAGACAGUGUGACUGUGUGUUACUACAGGAUGGAUUAUUUACAGGAUUGGAUCAGAUUCAUUCUUUUUUCCCUCCGAUAUGCAGUCCAGGAUUUUCUGCUAUCAGCCUGGUUAUUGAUAUUCCAAAUCUUAUUAUGUAGAAAUAUUAACUGGAUAGCAUCUCAAAGUGCCAGGGCAUAUUUUUGAAUUAUAACCUCACUAGCUUGACGUCUGUUACAGAUUAUUAUUCAGGAGUUCAGCGUGUUUUAGCAAAGCGGGGUAUGAGUUUGCUGACUGUCAAAGAGCCAUGUGAUAUAAAUGUGUUUUUGUCUGUUCAGUCUAUAUAUGUACAAUCAUACACUGUUAAAAAGCAAUUCUUUUAUCUUUUUACCUUUUUAAAAUAGCUGUGAGUACAUCAGCCAGUGUGGUAUUUUUUUUACACACAAAUUUCAUUCACUACUUUGAUUCUAUUGCUUGGGUUGAUCUAUAGAAUAUGCCACUUGGCCUUCAUUACAACAUUAAGGUUCUCUAAACUUGCCAUAUUUAUAACAUCAGACAACCAGCACUGACUUCAUCACAGUCACAACCAUAGGUGUAUUUCCUAUUUUACAACAACACAUCAGCGUCUUAUGAACAACUGACUGUUCUUUAAACAGAUAUAAUGCGAAACGUGCAAAGGCUAGAGAGAUGCUUCGUUAACAGGAAGGCGUCUGUUUUCUCAUCCUGAUGUGGAAUGAUGGCCAUGUGAUCAUAGUUUCAUAAACCUGAAGGGUUUAAGCCACGCUGAAAAGGUGGUCUGUAUUAUUGGUAAAGCAAAUGCCUUUUAGUACAUUCUUAGAAAUCAAUAUGAUCUGUUUUCUCAUAUUAAUUUGUCAUAUUUAUAACUUCCUCUGCAGGCAGUUUAAAAUAUAUUCUUAAAACUUGCCUUAAAUGGUUAAUCGAGUUAGGCUGGCUUUACACUGUGAAACUUUCAUGCAACUAGUUACAUGCAACAUACAAUUUUUUUGGUUAAUUAGCAGCACCGUAUUGUCCCAGGUAUAUAGCCACUUUAUUGACUGUCCAAAACCACCAGUGAACCCACAUGUGUUCUUUCCUGGUUUAUAUGUAAUAUUGCUGAUAAAAUACAGUUAUAUGCACAUGUUAACGUGCUAUUAUUCAUUUGCUAAACCGGGGGGUGGGGUGUGGGAUAAAACCUAAAAUCUGUCCUGUGCAAUAGUUAAGGCACCCCUUUGUAUUUGAUGCUGUAUUUUUUUCCAAUAUGUAAAUAAAUAAUAAAAACCUUGAAUUAUGA